GCUGUCUAGCCCCUCUCUGACUCUCCAGAGGCUACGUGCUGCUGCGCUCAUGUCUCCCCCGACCCAGCGUCUGGUUCUGGGUCGAAACUUUCCGGAUCUCUGACAGCCGGCGAACCUCUGAGAUGUUCCGUGUGUGGCUCCCGGCGGCGGCGCUCCUCUGGCUCUGCGGCGGCUCGCUGGGCGGCUCCGGGCGGCUGUACUCGGAGGAGGACCCGCUGGUGAUCCUGGGCAGCGGCAGCCUGAAGCCCACCGUCACCAACUCGUCCUCGGCCUGGCUGGUCCAGUUCUACUCGUCCUGGUGCGGACACUGCAUCCAGUACUCCAGCACCUGGAAGGCGCUGGCCCACGACGUCAAAGACUGGCACGAGGCCAUCGGCGUGGCCGUGUUGGACUGCGCUGACGAGGAGAACUUUGACGUCUGCAAAGAGUUCGGCAUCAAGUUCUACCCGACAUUCAAGUAUUUCCGGGCUCACAGUUUACCGACGGACACAGGGACGAUCUACAGAGGAGCGGACAGGGAGGUGCGUUCCAUCCGGCAGCUGAUGGUCAACAUCCUGCAGAACCACACAGAGCUGGACCGCCCCCACCGAUGCCCUCCAUUGGAGCCGUACAGCUCCGCCCAGCUGCUCCCCCUGCUGGGUCAAAGGUCAGAUCGCUACACCGCCGUCAUCGUGGAGGAGCCCGGGUCGUUCGUCGGCCGGGAGGUGAUCCUGGACCUGCUGCAGUACUCAGGUGUACAGGUGAGGCGAGCGCUGAGCUCUGAUCUCCCCCUGCUGGAAACACUGAACAUCGCAGCCUUCCCCUCCAUUUACCUGCUGCAUCCCAACGGCACGCAUGCUCACCUGCACAGCGAGAAGAGGCUGCGGUUCUUCUUCUCCUCGCUGCUCAGGACUCUGCCGGGGGUGCAGCGCCGCAGCGGUUCCGAGGCGGCCCAGACGGGGGCGCUGCAGGACAGCCGGACCUCAGAGCAGUGGAGGGACUUUGACAGGUCCAAGGUGUACACGGCGGACCUGGAGUCGGCGCUGCACUACCUGCUGAGGGUGGAGCUCGCCGCCCACACCACGCUGGAGGGCGAGGAGCUGAAGGUCUUCAAGGACUUCGUCACUCUGGCUGCCAAGCUCUAUCCAGGUGGAGGCUCCGUGGUGAAGCUGAUGGAGACGCUCUCUGAUUGGCUGCUCAGUCUGCCGCUGCAGCAGAUUCCCUACCAGGCCGUCCUGGACCUGGUGGACAACAAGAUGAAGAUCUCAGGUGUGUUCCUGGGGGCGGAGCUUCGCUGGGUGGGUUGCCAGGGCAGCAGGCCCGGGCUCCGCGGUUACCCGUGUUCCCUGUGGACUCUGUUCCACGUUCUGACCGUUCAGCACGAGGCCACGCCCACAGCGCUGGACAACACAGGUCUGGAGGACAAGGCUGCGCCGGUGCUGCAGGUGAUGCGUCGCUACAUUCGGACGUUCUUCGGCUGUAAGGAGUGCGGCCAGCACUUUGAGCAGGCGGCGGCCGCCAGCAUGGACGAGGUGAAGAGCGGCGAGGAGGAGGUGCUGUGGCUGUGGAAUCAGCACAACCGGGUCAACACUAGACUGGCUGGGUCUCUGAGCGACGACCCGCUCUUUCCCAAAGCCGCGUGGCCGAGCCCCGCCCUCUGCCCCGGCUGCCACGAGGAGAAGAACGGCGUCCACGUGUGGAACCGAGACAACGUCCUCCGGUUCCUCCGGCAUCACUACGGCGCCUCCAACCUGUCCCCCAGGUACUCCCUGAGUCCCCCGCAGCUCCCUGCCGCUCCUGGUCCCGCUCAGACCAGACCGCCUCAGGAGGAGCGCCCGGCUGCCGGCGGAGGAGAGAGGAGGGCCGAGGAGCAGCCGGAGCCUCGACCCGAGCUGCCGGCUCCGAGGCAGCAGGAGGAGGAGGAGAAGAAGAAGGAGGAGGUUCUGGGAAGAGGAGAAGGAGGAGUUUGGAUUCUGGGUCUGGGCUUCAACAGCGUCGACAUGAGUCUGUGCGUGGUUCUGUACGUCAGCUCCUGCCUCUUCCUCAUGCUCCUCUUCUUCUUCUUCAAAGUCCGGUCCAGGAGGUGGAAGCUGCGACACUCCCGGCUCUACGUUUGAUCCAGAACCGACCCGGUUUGUCUGCUUCACAACAGUGAACUGGACCAGACAUCGCUGAAUCGUUGUCUUAGCAGUGGAUCGUCCUGGUUCUGGGUUUUUCAGACUUUCUCCCCCCCCUAAACGGUUCUGUGAAGGAAACAUCUCAGAUGGAGCCUCGUCUUCUCCCGUCCUCCUUGAAGUGGCCUUUGAAACGUCUGGUCAGUGUUUCAGAACACAACCGGACCCGACCACAAUGGUUCCGGAUGUGUUAGUGACUUUAAAUGUUCCACUAGUUUCUCUUUUAAUUUAUUUUACACUGUGGUGAGAUUUAAUUAACACGUCAGACCUGAACUGGACUCGGUGCUGGGUUUUCCAGCAGAACCCUGAAUCUGAACUGGACCUCGGUCUGAGUUGACUUUGUGCCAAAUGUUUAACCUGCUGAUACACAGACCCACUCAGGCCCACCCACAGCCCUGCUGCCUGUUGUGAGGACCGGUUCCAGGACUCAUGAGGACUGAGGAAUUGGACCUUAGGUUAAGAUGGCCCAGCUUGGUUUGACGGUCAGGGGGUAGAACCGGCACCGUGUGGUUCCGGUCCCCGUAACGCUGGGUUUGUGUCAUGGGUCCGACUAUAGCAUAACAACCAGAACGUGUGUGUGUGAGAUGAAGUCGUGUAAAGCUCCUUAAAAGCCGACCCGACAGAAAAAAUGGUUUACAAUAAAAUCAUUAAUAAUGGAUAAAAUGAUAAAUAAAAGUUAGAAAUCUGGAAUAAAACGCCACGAUGCUGCUGAGCAUUAGAAGCCUUCCUGAAUAAAACCGGCUAACGCGGUCAGUGAUCCAGAGAGGAGCCGGUUCCUCGAGCCAAUGUUUAUCUUCAGUUCUCAGAACAUUCAACAGGAACCGCGUAGAUGACCUGAUUUAUGGAGCUGAUAAAAGCUCGUUUAACCUUCUCAAGGUCUUAACUUUAGCUCAAAGACCAGGUGGUAAAAGCUGGAUUUCAUGACUAAAUCAACUUGUUGGUUGAAUUUAAAAUCUUUGUCAAAAAUCACUCUCAGAUUUCUUAGUGUUGAUAAUUUUGAACGUCAUAGGUGGCAUUUUCUCAGCGAGCAGAAAGUAUUCAGUCUUUAAGGUUUGGUUCAACCAUCAUUUUACUGAAUGUGACUGUUAACUGGUUUUAAAGGCAAGUUAAUCUGUAGAUCCUCUGUAAAACAGCGGAAAUGCCAGCGGUGGUCGUUAUAAUCGCUCAGAGUGGCAGCAGACGGAGGCAGGAAAGCUGCGUUAUUAAUAAGUACCGGUCAGACGGGGUGUAAACUAAGCGCCGAGCCACAGGGACCGGUACCGAACAACGAUGGACUGGGUCAACGGCUGCUGGGAGGCCCGACAGCACCAGGACCACAGAACACCUGCCAUCAGCAGACAGCAAUGCCUCUAUGUACCUUUAGCAAGGCAGACUGAAGUUUUUCUGAAAUAUAAUUAUCUCCUAUAAAUUGUUUGUUUUUGCUAAAAUCUGAGAAAUGAGCAUAAACUGUUAGAUUUUGUUCAACCUGCUCAAAAACAGCUUAAACGGCGUUAACAGGUGUGCCGACAUGAAACCUACCUGAAGAUUUGGGCGGAUAAAACCCGCUGCUGUUGGUCAGGAUGCUCCACAGGAACAAUCUCUGCUUCUUCACCAGAGCUCUGGCUCUGAGCAGAUACCUGCAGGCCGUGGUUCAACCACAUCGACGAAAACAUGGACCUCACCUGUCCGUUCAGCCGCUCCAUGGUAGCGGUAGGCGUGGCGCCACCUGGAGGCCGCUAAGCUCAGUGAAUUAAAGCUUUUUGACAAGUUAAACGUUUCCACAGUUGAACAUUAAACUGUAAAAUAAGAGUAAACUCCUGAAACCGGUGUUUGUUAUUGGACAGGUGUGUAAUGUUUACUUUUCAGCGGCAGUCCUCUAGGUGGCGUGUUUCUGCAGAGAUGCUUUGAAAUGUUUUCCUCACUGACGGUUCUCACCUGGUGGUGAUUUUGAGCUGUUUCUCUGCUCAGUGGUUCACUCACACUUGUUUUUUCUGAUUAUUUCAAAUGUUUGUUGAUUGAUGUGUGAAUAAAUGUUGUAGCUGCA